CAUUGCCCUAAGUUGUUAGUUCAUGGGUUCAUUAAAGUUCAACCUGUGAUGUUGGUUUAGUGUUUGUUUUAUUUUUGAUCCAUUUGUUUUGAUUUACUAUUACCCAUGUUAUUUUUAGCUUAAGUUAUGUACCUAUAUCUUCUUUACUGCAAAUAAAUGCCAUUGUGAUUUUUUAAUAUGUUUUUAUUGAACUGAGCUGUCCGGAAGAGCAUCAAAACAAUAUCUUACAGAUCUCCCGCCAUGGAACAAUCAAUUGUAGACUCUGUCGAUGAUAAAUCACUAGUAGGAGCUGGUUUAUGCCUGACUGUAGAAUUGUGUCUUGUUUGUGGAGACCGUGCAUCUGGACGUCAUUAUGGAGCCAUCAGCUGUGAAGGAUGUAAAGGCUUCUUCAAAAGAUCUAUCAGGAAACAACUUGGAUAUCAAUGCAGAGGAACUAUGAAUUGUGAAGUCACAAAACACCAUCGAAAUCGUUGUCAAUAUUGUCGCUUACAGAAAUGUUUAGCAUGCGGAAUGAGAAGUGAUUCCGUUCAACAUGAACGUAAACCAAUAAUGGAAAAGAAAGAACCAGCUCAUAACACUAAUUCAUAUUCUUCAAACGCUGCUGUUAAUAAAAUCUUCAUUCGCAAGGAUUUGGCCACUGAAUCGACUAUGCCUGUGUAUCCUGGAUUUAAUUUGUCUGAUCUUAAUAUUUCGGCACUGAACAAGAAAUCAGGAAAAAUAAAUCCAGCUGAUGUGUAUUACAUGAAUACUGAACAAAUGGACGAUGAAACAUCACAAGAUGAAUCUAUCAAUCAGCCUAUAGUUGAUAUCACAGAAGCGUUAUCUAUUGCUAUAAAUAAAAAUUUAAUUUCUAAAGCUCUGAACACAAUGGCUAAAGUGCAAUCUUUCAGUGAACGAGAUUUUGAUAAUAAUAUAGAAGUUGAUGAUCCUUUGAUCCAAGAGGGAAAUGUUUCAUUCAACUUACAGAGUUUAAGUCCAGUUCCUGCUUGUCUGAAUGUUCACUUUAUUUGUGAAAGUGGUUCCAGAUUAUUAUUCCAAUCAAUCAACUGGGCUAAAAGCAUUUUAGCAUUUAAACAAAUAUUAUGUCUAGACACACAAAUUGCUCUCUUAAGAAGUUCCUGGGCUGAGUUGUUUGUGCUUGGGUUGGCACAAUGUUCCCAAACACUGUCUCUUCCCACGAUCAUGAAGGCUCUCAUUAAUAAUCUCCAAACAUCAAUAAUUCAAGAAACCAUAUCUGGAUCAAGAGCAAAGCAAUUGUCUGACCACAUUUGCAAAAUGCAAGAUUUUGUCAAUUCUAUGUGUAUUUUGAAUGUAGACAAAUAUGAAUAUGCUUACUUGAGAACCUUGGUAUUAUUUAAAACUGACAUUACAAACUUGCCUCCACAAAAUCAUGUGAGUUAUCUACAAGAAAAAUGUUUUCAAUCUUUAAGAAAGUAUGUGGUAUGCAAUUUUUCUGAAGACGAAGAUCGUUUUGCAAGACUUUUACUAAAAUUACCUCCUUUGAGAGACUUUGAUCCAAGAGUUUUAGAGGAACUGUUUUUUACUGGUCUUAUUGGGCCUGUGGAAGUGGAGAAUGUCAUUCCUUAUAUGCUUCGAUCUAAUUACUCUGGUAACAAUAGAUCAAUUAAGAUAGAAAUGAAUGAAGCGUGAAGAAAAUCAAACACUUGGGCUGUAUUGAAAAUUUUAAUUGUUAAGCUGUUUGCUGUAUUGAAAAUUUUAAUUGUUAAGUAUAUGGAACUGUUUUAGAAUUCUUAAGAUUGGCUAAAAUAUUUUAG